ACCACGCCACCACGGCCGAGGCGCACACCAGGCACCACCCAACCCAGCGCCCGCCGAUCGAGAGGAGAAGCAGCAGCCAGCAGGGCAGCAGCAGCAGCAGCCACACCCGCCGCCGCCGACCGCCGGGGAGAAGAGGAGGAGGAGCUAGGAAGGGAGGAUGCUCCGGGGCGUGGAGCUCGCGCGGCGGCGGCGCGUGCACUACCACGGCGACGCCGCCUCGUCGGCGGCGCCGGGCGCCGGGGACCACCACCACCACCACUACGCGCACGCCCGCCGCCACGCGGGGGACGCGGCCGUGGCGGGGCCCGCUAUGGCGGCGCGCAUCCGGCUCGAGGAGAAGCUGCGCGGCGCCGCGCUGCCGCCGUCGGCGACGUCGCCAUCCAGGUGGAGCCGGCUGGUGGGAGAGCGGCAGGGACGGCCGGCCUCCGGGCGCCGUGGCCGACGAGAGCCGCAGCGGCCGCAGCAGGAGCAGGCCGAGCGAGGGAUCCCGUCGGCGACACCGGCCCUCACCACCGCCUCGGCGGCGUCGACGGUCGGCGGCCGCCGGCGCGCGGAGCUGACGAGGACGCUGUCGAAGGUGGAGGUGUGCGCGGUGUGCCUGGACGAGGUCCGGGAGCGGCGGCAGCGGGUGACGCGGCUGCCGUGCUCGCACAAGUACCACUCCGAGUGCGUCCUCCCAUGGCUCGCCAUCCAGCCCGACUGCCCCUGCUGCCGCGCGCUCGUCCCCUCCGCCGACACCCUCGACUAGUGUGUAGUAGUAGCUAGCUGCUGGCGGUGACGUGGCAGUCCGGCCCUGCAGGCUGCAGCAGCUGCAACAAGUCUCUGCAUCUGCAACUGACGAUAGCUCUUUCAAAUUUUUUUUUCUUUUCUUUUGGUUGGUUUGUGUAGUAGGAGGCUGUAACUGAAAGUUUGCCACAUAGAGAAAUUAGUUGUAGAUGCAGGGUAGUUGAGCUUGAGCACUGGGAGAUGAUCUUCUGAUGCUGUGCUUUUGUUCAAAUCCAUGUCAAUUAUGCACGAGCUGCGAUGUGUGUUUGUA